AUGCUCCCCGCCUGCCCGCACGGCGCUCUCUUCUCCAUCUACUACCCGCAGAUCUUCCUCACUCUUACCAGCGGCAGCUACCUAGCUCUGUCAUCUGUGGUGGCUUUGGGAGCCAAUAUCAUCUGCAACAAGAUCCCUGGCCUGGCCCCCCGACAACGAGCCAUCUGUCAGAGCCGCCCCGACGCCAUCAUCGUGAUCGGAGAAGGUGCACAGAUGGGGAUCAAUGAAUGCCAAUACCAGUUCCGCUAUGGCCGAUGGAACUGUUCCGCACUGGGCGAGAAGACUGUCUUUGGGCAAGAGCUGCGAGUGGGGAGCCGGGAAGCUGCCUUCACUUACGCCAUCACAGCAGCUGGCGUGGCCCAUGCGGUCACUGCGGCCUGCAGCCAAGGCAAUUUGAGCAACUGUGGCUGUGACAGGGAGAAGCAGGGCUACUACAACCAGGAGGAGGGCUGGAAGUGGGGCGGCUGCUCGGCUGACGUCCGCUACGGCAUCGAGUUCUCCAGGCGCUUUGUCGAUGCCCGUGAGAUCAAGAAGAAUGCCAGGCGGCUGAUGAACCUGCAUAACAAUGAAGCUGGAAGAAAGGUCCUCGAGGAAAGGAUGAAGCUAGAAUGCAAAUGCCACGGAGUGUCGGGCUCGUGCACCACCAAGACGUGCUGGACCACGCUGCCCAAGUUCCGGGAGGUGGGCCACCUGCUCAAGGAGAAGUACAACGCGGCAGUGCAGGUAGAGGUGGUGCGCGCCAGCCGCCUGCGCCAACCCACCUUCCUCAAGGUCAAGCAGCUACGCAGCUACCAGAAACCCCUGGACACGGACCUGGUCUACAUCGAGAAGUCCCCUAACUACUGCGAGGAGGACGCGGCCACGGGCAGCGUGGGCACCCAGGGCCGCCUGUGCAACCGCACGUCGCCCGGCGCCGACGGCUGCGACACCAUGUGCUGCGGCCGCGGCUACAACACGCACCAGUACACCAAGGUCUGGCAGUGCAACUGCAAAUUCCACUGGUGCUGCUUCGUCAAAUGCAACACGUGCAGCGAGCGGACCGAGGUGUUCACCUGCAAGUAG